UCCCGCCUCCCUGCCAGGGCCGCGCCGGCUCCGGCGCGCUCAAUGGGCCUCUGCUGCUCGGUCUUUCCGGCAGGUUCCGUUUCCUUCCCCUGCUUUCAUUUAACCAGCGAGGAGCAUGGCCUAUGCUGAGGAGGAGAGAAAUUGCUAUGAGGUGUAUAAGGAAACGGCAGACUGGUUACGAGCCCGCACCCCCCGGCCCCCCAGGACUGCCAUCGUCUGCGGGUCUGGCCUGGGAGGCCUGGCUGAUGCGCUGGAUAACAAGACCAUCUUUCCCUAUGAGGACAUCCCUCACUUCCCACGGAGCACAGUCUCGGGGCACGUGGGCAGGCUGGUGUUUGGGGAGCUGAACGGCCACCCGUGCGUGUGCAUGCAGGGACGCUUCCACUUCUACGAAGGAUACUCCAUCAGCGCGGUCACCUUUCCCAUCAGGGUGUUCUGCCUCCUGGGGGUUGAGAUCUUGAUUGUCACAAAUGCUGCCGGGGGACUGAAUCCCCACUUCCAAGUGGGAGACAUCAUGUUCAUUCGGGAUCACAUCGGCAUGUUUGGCUUGGGAGGGCAGAAUCCCCUGCGAGGACCAAAUGAUGAGAGGUUCGGAGUGAGGUUUCCCUGCAUGUCAGAUGCCUACGAAGAGGAGCUGCUCAGCCUGGCGAGGGAGAGCGCGCAGGAGCUGGGCUACCCAGCCUUCAUCCGAGAAGGGGUCUACUGCAUGCAGACAGGUCCCUGCUAUGAAACCAUCGCCGAGUGCCGCAUGCUGCAGGCCCUGGGAGCAGAUGCUGUAGGCAUGAGCACAGUCCCAGAGGUAAUCGUAGCCAGACACUGUGGCCUCAGAGUCCUUGGGGUCUCCCUCAUCACCAACAAAGCUGUGAUGAGCUACAGCAGUGAGGAGAAAGCCAACCACGAGGAAGUCCUGCGCAUUUCGGUGGUCCGGGCUGAGGCCCUGCAGAAAUUGAUCACUUGCUUUGUUGGCAAGUUGGGCGAAAGCGCAAAAUCGCCAUGAUCUCCAGCACUGGAUCUGUCUCUCCUGCAGCUCGCCUGGUGAUCCUGGAGCUCAUGGUCCUAAUGUGUGACCACUAGCAAGGGUUGGGGCGGAGCUGUGGGUGAGAUCAUUUCUUUCUGUUCUCUGACUUCUGAAUAUACCUUUGAUCUUUGUCCCUGUGGCUUAGUUGGUGAGGCACAGAGGUGUACUUUGAAGUUUGCCAGGAUGAAGCCCUCAUUAGUAGCCAGCUCCCUUUUUAUCCUGCCAGGGGAGGCCAAGACGGCUUUCUGGCACUCACAGAAAUGCAGCCUCAUGAGCUCUGGCCAAUCUCCAGCUCCAGUCCCCCUCUUUCCUCUGCAGAGCCUUCAGUGUCUCAGCUGUGCAUCCCUUCCUCUCUGUGCAGCUCUCCUGCUGUGUUUCUCUCAGCACCGUGCUGAGCUCCUGCCUGGUAAUGCAGCUCGAGAGGCCGAGGGCUGGACUCAGGGUAUGGUGGCUGCCGGGGUCACUCUGCUAGGACCUCACCCAAAGCCAGGAGAAGUCCGCAGGAGACUCUCAGGUUUGGAUGAGGACCUAGAUACAUAAAAUGGGUUAGACAACAAGAUCGAUCUGGAGCAGAUGAUAAUGCCCCGUAGGCAAAUUACAGAUGAUUUUAUGGCUUUGAAAGCCAUUGCGUGCUGAAGGGGUUGUAUUCCCCUAACAUCCGUGAAGGUCUCACCAGAGAGCCCUCUGUUCCCUUCCCAGAUGGGCUGUGGAGCCAUGUUCCUGCCAGCUACAGUGUGCGCGACAUGUCCUCCUUGCCCCUCACCACACCAUUGGCAAGGCUGCCCYGUUUUACAGACAUCACUGCUGUCUUUUCUUGAGGAAAUCGAACCGAUCAGCAAGUGAAGAACAAACAAGAGAGGCCACCAAAUCCUCUUUCACCCGUAGGCCACUCCUCUAUCGGGUAUAGUCCAUGGUGAAUAUUCACCAGGAUUAUUCAGUAUUCCCCAAAGGCAGAGCUGAGUAGAGGAAGCAAUUGGUAUGAAACAACAGGCGCUGGCUUGCAGCCUGUAAUCGUUGGGCAGCCUUUUCUAUUCACUUAUCUUGGAUUUUCCUGUAGAGCCUGUCAUAGUCAAAUGUUUUCAGAUGACAAUGAUCUGAAGACACCCAUGGUGGAAAGCUGUGAACUUGAACUAAAGUCUGCCUAACCUAUAAGUCCUCUGGAGAUGGAGGAGUCCUUGGAAAUCCAUCUGCCAGCCAAGUUGCUGUCUCAGYGCCUCGUCACGCUCCAUCUGGGUCUCUGUGACAGCACCUCUUUCUGUUUCACGGGUCUGAAUCUCAGGGACGGUUCUGAUCGUGGCCAUGGGCGAAGAGACUCCAGCGCAUCCUUCCCUGGACCUGUUGCCUGCUCGGGUCUAGCAGGACUGCAUCGCUUGUCAACAGCAAGUAAAGAUGAAAAGCAGCAGAUGUACAGAGAGAAAGGAGCACUUUUGCCUUUUGAGGCUGCAAGUUGACCCAGUACGUGCUUGUUGCAGGGCCAAGAAAGAGCAGGUCUCUGAGGAGAAGUGCUUCACAUCCAUCUAAUUAAUACUCCAUAAAUAUGAUGUCCCUCAAGUGAGAGACGCAGGCGGCUCUGUGGUUGGCUGUAACUAGCGAGCAGCCAGGGUAGCUAAGGCUGGGAUUUCAUCUGGCUCCAUUAAUUAAUUGGGAUCCGGCUCGACUGGAUCUUGAUGGGAGGUAUCCGCRAAGCUGCUGCUGUGCUGCUCUUCCUCGGGCUAGGCAGGAGAUUAGAGGAGUCCAGCAGAAACAUCUGCCUUUGGGCCCUGGGUACGCUCCCUCAGCCACGGAUAGUGCUAGAUAACCACCUCCCAGCCCUUCCUAGGGAUGGGUAACRGCUACUGGCCUCCCUGUGAGAACUUCUUGGGGGGAAAAGCAGAUAUAAAAAUACCACAGGCUUGUACUUGAAUACAACUCAAAACUUAAUCUGAAAAUUUCAAUAUGCUUGCAGAAUCCCACCUAU